UACAGAUGGUUUCUUCUCGGUUUUCAGGCAGUUGAUAGCAAGUGAUGAGAUCUUCGGUGAAGUACAAGAGCGUAUUGGAAUCCCAUUGCGGCAAGUGGACAGCUGAGUUACUGUAGACUUUUUCUGCUUUGAACUGUUCCUGUAACACACAUGUAAUGCAUUCGCUUGCUCAAGAAAUAAAGGCUUUUUCAAAGUCGGCACUGAAAAAGCAAUGUACCAGGGUAACGACUUUAACUGGGAAAAGAAUAAUAGAAACGUGGAAAGACUCCACUGUGCAGGUGGUUGAAGAAACCGUACAACCCGAAGGUGCUUGUGGAUAUGUUCAGGAUCUCAGUUUGGAUCUCCAAGUCGGUAUCGUCAAACCUUGGUUACUGCUUGCCUCACAAGAUGUUGCCCAGGACUUUGAUAUAUUAAAGAAAUUUAAGGUUACACACAUAUUGAAUGUUGCAUAUGGUGUUGAAAACACUUUUCAAGAUCAGUUUGUUUAUAAGCAGCUUUCCAUACUGGAUCUUCCAGAGACUGUCAUUACCUCAUAUUUCCAGGAAUGUUCAGAGUUUAUAGAGCAGGUCAAGGCACAGAACGGAGUGGUGCUUGUUCACUGCAAUGCUGGGGUGUCCCGCUCUGCAUCCAUAGUCAUUGGAUACCUGAUGUCAACAGAAGGUCUGCGUUUUGAUGAUGCAUUUGCAUUGGUGAAGAAUGCGAGACCAGCUAUAUGUCCAAAUCUAGGCUUUAUGGAACAGUUAAGAAACUAUAAACUCUGCAGUGAAAUUCAGUUUAAUGGCGUUACAAAUACUUAAAAUGUUCCCCAUUUACUAAAACCCACAAUAUCUGUAGCAAUGGGCAUACCACAUUACCGUAUGAGAAUAAACUUGAGACCAAACUUUUUCAAAGUGCUUGAGGAUUCUUCUGUAAUUUACAGUCUCUUCAGGCUUUUAGAGUGCUACAAAACAACUUAAUACGUUUUUAAGACAUGAUAAAUGUUAGUGAAUUAUAAACAGAAUACAGUUAACAAGUCCAGGUUUCUGUAUUUGUGUUUUUUUUUUUAUCAAGGGAUCUGUUUUGUGCAAGACUGAUAUUUCUUAGAGCUGUAGUGUUUCAGAUUAAAUGGAGUAAGCUGGUUUAAAGGUUUACACCAAAGUUAGUAUACCUUUUUUCAUUUUGGUUUGCCACUGACGGUUUGAUACAUUUUUAAACAGUUACAGAUACCAAAUUUAUAAAU